CUCAUUCUAGAACUUAAUGAAAACCCCUGGAAUAGGAUGAAACGAAAAAAACUCGAUAAUUUUUUUUGUUAAGAAAAUUUUGAACUGAUCCAGCUGAAGUGUUAGUUACACAGUUGGAGCAACGUGACUGUAGGAGCUUUAUUAGGAGUUUGUUACACAUUCAAUUAAACACUUCAACCCAUAAAUUACCCAUAAACGCCACACAUUUCUUUCCACAAAUAGCUUCAGACAUAAAAUUACAAUCCAUUCUCUCGAAAUCUCCACCUUCUCAGCACAAUCGUCUUCAAUAAUUUUGAAGUUUUUUUCUUAGCCAGGCGAUCAAGCUCGAAUUUCAGCUCGUGUUUUAGGAUUUUUUGUUUAAUUUUGUUUGGGGGCUAUAAACCCAAAAAUACAGUUCAUUCAUACAUUUGCUCUGUUACUGGUCUUUUAAGUAACAUCGGUGAUCAAAGGAAAAACAAAAUCCACUGUUUUGUUUUUCACCAUAAAUGACUAUAGGUUUUGCCGGACUUGAAUUCCCUCCGGCUAGUCGAGUGUUUUUCCGGCCAGCUUUCGCGGUUACUCCCGUGGACACAUCAUCAUCUCCGUCCCCGGAAUCUGGCAACAUCCCCGAGCUCCUUGUUUUCUCUCUCGUCAAGUUCAGGAAAAGGCCUAUUUUAAUUGUGAUCAAAAUACAAUGCUCUAACCUGGAAAUGGCAACCCUAAACACCCAAGAGACCGAGAAUAAAAAGAGCACAGCAGUGAAGCAGCAGAAAAUAAUAAAAAAGAAAAGCAGGGGUGGCUGGGGUUUAGCCUUUCUUCUGCUAGCAAACCAGGGGCUCGCGACCCUAGCUUUCUUUGGUGUUGGCGUGAACUUAGUCCUGUUCCUGACCCGAGUUCUUGGGCAAGACAAUGCUUCUGCAGCCAACAACGUCAGCAAAUGGACCGGAACAGUCUACCUCUGCUCGUUCGUGGGCGCCUUCCUCAGCGACUCUUAUUGGGGCCGUUACCUCACUUGCGCCAUUUUCCAAGUCGUCUUUGUCGUGGGCCUAGUGCUCGUAUCCAUCUCGUCGUGGUUUUUCCUGAUCAAGCCCAAGGGCUGCGGCGAUGGCAAGCACGACUGCAAUCCGACCACCUCACUCGGCACAGCCUUGUUUUACUUAGCCAUAUACCUUGUGGCCUUUGGCUACGGUGGCCACCAGCCGACCAUAGCCACGUUGGGCGCAGACCAGUUUGACGAGUCCGACCCUAAGCAGAGAGACUCGAAAGCCGCAUUCUUCUGCUACUUCUACUUCGCUCUCAACACGGGCUCGUUGUUCUCCAACACCGUGCUCGUGUAUUACGAGGACACCGGAAAGUGGACGCUCGGCUUCUGGGUCUCGGCUGCCUCGGCCGUCCUCGCCUUAGCCGGGUACUUGCUCGGCUCCCCAAAGUACCGUUACGUGAAGGCGUGCGGAAACCCGAUUCCCCGCGUGGCGCAGGUCUUCGCCGCCUCGUUUCGGAAAUGGAACUCCAGACCAGUGGAGGCCGGGUUGUACGAAGUCGAGGGGAGCGAAUCGGCCAUCAAGGGUAGCCGCAAGAUCUUUCACACCGAUGAUUUUGCGUUUCUGGACAAGGCGGCGACGAUCACGGCGAAAGACCGCGAGAGCCCGGGUAACCCGUGGCGCCUGUGCACGGUAACCCAGGUGGAGGAAGUGAAAUGCAUCCUCCGAAUGCUCCCCAUCUGGCUCUGCACCAUCAUCUACUCGGUCGUGUUCACGCAGAUGGCGUCGCUGUUCGUGGAGCAGGGCGACGUGAUGGACACGCACCUCGCCAACGGCUUCCACCUCCCGGCUGCCAGCAUGUCGGUUUUCGACAUCUGCAGCGUGCUCCUCUGCACGGGGAUCUACCGCCAGAUCCUCAUCCCGCUCGCCUGCCGCCUCAGCGGAAACCCCAAGGGGCUGACGGAGCUCCAACGAAUGGGGAUCGGGCUCGUGAUCGGGAUGCUGGCCAUGGUGGCGGCGGGGCUGACGGAGGUGCAGAGGCUGAAGCAGGUGGUGCCAGGUCAGCACCAGAGCAGGAUGAGCGUGUUCUGGCAGGUGCCGCAGUACGUGCUGGUGGGGGCCUCGGAGGUUUUUAUGUACGUGGGGCAGUUGGAGUUUUUCAAUGGGCAGGCGCCGGACGGGAUCAAGAGCCUCGGGAGUUCGCUGUGCAUGAUGUCGAUUUCGCUCGGGAAUUUCGUGAGCAGCUUGCUUGUGAACAUGGUGAUGGGGAUCACGGCUAAAGGGGACAAUCCCGGGUGGAUACCGGAGGACCUCAACGCGGGACGUAUGGAUAGAUUCUAUUUUCUCAUAGGGGCGCUGACAGCUGUCGACUUUGUGGCCUACGUGGCGUGCGCCAAGUGGUACAAGCGGAUCGACUUUGGUGGGGCCAAGGAAGAGGUUGUUGAGGAGGCAUAGUGUUUUUGAGGGUUUUUAUUAAGUAUGAUUAUCAUGUUUAGCUGGUUUUUUUAGGAAUAAAAAUAUGAAAGUGGGAUCCUUCCUAGCUUGUCUCUUCUGAUGAGAUGGGGAAGGGCAUGACUGCUUCUGCUGCUGCUGAUGGGUUGCUUUCUUGAUUGUUGAACUCUUGUGGUGUUAUGUGACCUGUUUCUUUUGAGUUGAUCUUUAGCUCAUGUGGCUAUUGAUAUUCUCUCCAUCUUUUUGGGUUAAUAAUGGUUAUAUAUUACCAGAAUUUCUUUGGGUAUUGUUAUG